CCGGGACUUCCGCGUCUCUGCUCCCGCUGAGGGCUAAGCUAGGCUAGUUCAAAACUCCCCCCGCUAACCGUUAUCUGCUCCCGGUGUCACCGCUCCCACUGACCGGUGAAGACGUCCGUCAACCCCGCGGGGCGCUUUAUCCACCGGCACACACCGGUUUCAUAAAACAGGGUUUAUUCUGGGAUAUCAAUCAAACAUCCGGUUGAUUUGAGCCACCGACUGGCCCCCAGUCAGGGCUAAGCUAACAGUUAGCCUCGCAGCCAAAAUGGCGGACAACGAGGAUGACAGUGGUCCGAUCGGAACAAUACCUGAGCCCCCCGCCGCCACCUGCACCCAGUCCCCGGACCGCCCAGAGCCAGCGGACCACAACGGUCGUCCCGCGGACAGUUCACAGACCGUGUUCGGUGCUGGGAGCGAAGAGUCCGGGGAGAGUUUACCGUCAGGGUCCGGAGCUCAGCUGGCGGACUUCUUACAGAGAUGUCCGGAGGAACAGAGCAUCCUGGUGGGCACGGAGCUCACCGCCCUGGGUCCGGACCUGGUCAACACCACCAUCAUAUACGUGCAGCCAGACGGCAGCCUGGUCGAGGGCUCCGGGCUGACGGCCGAGGAGCAGCAGGCUCUGCUGGAGCAGCUUACCAGGCAGCAGCUCGUCCAGGUCUCCGACACCGAGGCCACUCAGCUGCUGCAGCAGAGCCAGCUGGUCAAAACCAUCCCGGUCCAUAAUGCGGCCCUCGACCCGAGCCAGCUGCAGCAGGUCAUCAACCAGGUCACCAAGUCCAAGCAGCAGGUCCAUGUCCAGGUUCCCCAGCAGCAGGUUCAGGUUCAUCAGCAGAACCCAAAGACCACGAACCAGAACAACGCCUCCCAGCAGCUGAAGAGCGUCGCCCAGCAGGUGGCCAUGCAGACCGGCUCGGUCCAGCAGGUCCAGAAGAAGUCGGAGCCCGUCAGGAUCCAGAUCAAGGUUCCUCCGAAACAGGAAGUGAAGCCCAGCAUCGCCCUUCAGCAGAAAAAUGUAUGUGUCAAUCAUCCGCAAGUGAAGCUGUCAGCCAAUGGCAGCUUGAGCAGCGCUCAGAUCAUCCACAUCCAGCCUGUAAUUGGUCAACAGGGCCAGCAGUUCUUCUUGCAGCAGAGUCCAGGGGACCCGCCCAUCCAGCUGCUGCUGCAGAGCCCCGCCCCUGUCGUUGGAUCUCUUCUCCCAUUGGUCCACAAGCUGACAGGCCCAACCACAUCAAAAGCCUCUGGUCCGGGUCAGAAACCUGCAGCACCCCCCUCCACCUUUAAGACCGUGGCCACCUCCAUCAUCAAAACCCUGCCCACUUCCACUCCUGCUAGCGUCCCACUUAUUGAACCCAUUAACGGCAUGACAACAGCCGCCAGGAAGAGUCCUGCCAAAGCGCUUCCUGUCAUCACACCUGCCCAAUCUACCGCCGUGACCAGGCCCCCUGCUGCUUCGCCGCCCCCUCGGACCCCGGCAGCGAAGGACAGAGAGGAGAAAAAGAAGUUGAGGAAAAGGGAGAAGAAGAUGGCGAAGGUCCAGACCAGAUCCGGUCGCGUUUCCAGACCACCAAAGUACAAAGCCAAAGACUACAAGUUCAUAAAGACCGAGGACCUGGCUGACAGCCACCAGUCCGACUCCGACGACUACUCUGACAUGAGUGAGGAGGAGGAGGGUGUGAGGAAGGACGGCCCAGCGCCAGGCUCCUCCUCCUCCCUCACCUACAGCCACAAGUCCCGGUCCCAUCGCUGCCAGACCUGUGACAAGGCCUACAUCGGUCCUGGAGGUCUGAACCGACACUAUAAACUGAACCCGACCCACGGAGACCCCGAUCCCCCCGGCAACCGGCCUGACAACACACCACGCCCACUCGGAGAUGUCAGCCAUUCACAGGAGACGACAGUCACAGAGGAGAAACCUGCUGCCAUGGCAACAAACCGAGUGGAGGGGGGUCCUGCAGCAGCUGUCGGGCUCAGGGGCCUCCACCACCGGGGCCCCGGAAGGCCCCGAGGACGAGGGAGAGGGAGGGGCCGGGGCCGCGGACGACCCCCGGCAACGCUUCCUAAAGUGACGGUGGGCCUCGUCAGUAGGCGGGGCCGACGUGGUCGACCUCCAAAGAUCAGUGUUACCACAGUAACAUCAGAGCAGCAGGUGGACAGGAGACGAGAUCGACUGAGGGAGCUGGUGGAGCAGUGUGAGGAUGAGGAGCUGAUGGACAUCGUUCUUCCUCGUUUGACCAAAGUGUUAAGUUUGUGGGAGCUGCUGCUGGCAAAGGUGGAGUGCGGCGGCACGGCCCGAACUCGCUUCCCAGACAUUUACCGUGAGUACGAGUCUCUGCAGGUUCAAGUGAAACAAGCGGCUCAGGAUUACAUCAUCAGUCCACAAGGCGGCGCCACGCCCCUGGAGGUUCGGAACAUCGAGGUCGCCAGGUCUCUCGGCAUCAUGGACGAGGUGAACAGGAUGAAGGUGGUUCCGGGAGCAUGUCCCAGUUCCAGUAUGACCAAUAAGAACGUCCGAUACAUGGAGAAUUCCAAGAUGCUUCCGCCGUCAAAGAGAUUCAAGAUGGAGAACAGCGUUCCAGUUCACCAGAACGGAAUUGAGAUGCUCAGAACAGGUGGGACGAAGGUGACCCCUGUGACCUCCUCUCUGAAGUCCUGCUCGGUCUCUGUGUCUCAUCUGGUGAUUCCAGAAGGAUCCGACUUGCUGACCACCACCACUGACUCCGCCUCCAGCUCCACCUCUGCUAAAACUCCCUCAACCGAGGCUCUGCCCCCUGACACACCUAUGGAGGUGUGUCCAUGUGAGGGGCCUCUGCAGACUGAGGCUCAGGUGGAGCCUCUUCCAGCAGACCAAGACCAGGUUCUGAGCACCCCUGACAUCGCAGCCCAGACGAAGGAGCCGCAGGAAGCCCUGGGUUCAAGUCCCAAGACUGCCACAGACACAAAGGCACCUGACUCUGUUUCUGCCCAGACACCUGGAGCCACAGAGACCAGCACAGUCCAGACUCUGGCCUCUCAGCUCCAGCAGAGGGACUCGUCCCAGUCUGAGUCCAGCACAACAGACGCAUGUGAGGCCAAAGAGCUGCAGGAGGGACAGGAGAUCUACAUCCAGACUGAAGGGCUAACAGUCCAACUGGCAGAGCCCGGGUCAGACCGGAUCGUCAUUGUCAAUGGGCCAGAUGGGACGACAAUGCACAUCCAGACUCCAGAUGGCGUACCCCUGGAAGCGGUCCAGGCCCUGCUGGGAAUCGAGGCAUCAGAUGGAAACAAAGUUCCUCAUUGAACCCUGAAGAGGAUCAAGUGUCAGGUGGUUUGAAUUCCCAGAGUCUAACACACCUGGUCCCGUCAAACACCCGACCAGUCAAACACCUUGUCCCGUCGAACACCCCGGACAGUCAAACACCCCGACCCGUCAAACACCUUGUCCCGUCGAACACCCCGGACAGUCAAACACCCCGACCCGUCAAACACCUUGUCCCGUCGAACACCCCGGACAGUCAAACACCCGGUCCCGUCAAACACCCCGACCCGUCACACACCUGGUCCCGUCAAACAGCCUGACUCCUGGUCCGACCAGUGGACAUUAUGUUUCUCAGUAUUGGAUCAAAGGCGACGAGGUUAAAAAGAUUUGGUUCAUUAUGAAACUGUUAGUCUGAGUGAUUGACCUGUGACCUGUGACCUCUGGUUCAGAUUCAAGCGUCAUAAGAGAGAAUCUCCAGUGAAAGAUUGAAUGAAACAUUGAUUUACUUUGAGGCUUGAAAAAAAUAUUAAAAGUUAAAAAUAAAAAGUUUCUGAUCAACAGUAAACUGAUUUAUACAGAUGACCUGGUCAUUAAUUCAUGAUCAAUAAGUCCUGACUUCAGGUCGACAAAUGAAACGUGUAAAUAUGAGUAGCAUUAUUACCUGACCCCCCUGAACUCUGCGGUCGUAUUGUCUAUUGUCUGAUUGGUUCAUUCAGCUCUCACCUUUGAUGAUGUCAUCGGUGGUUUUAAGGAAUCAAUUGAUUGUAAAUUUGUAAACUUUUGUUUUCAGUGUUUCCAUAUUUGGACUCGUUGGUUGAAACUUAGAAACGAUGAUGUGGAUGUUUAUAUGUAGAUAAAUAUGAAAAACAAAGUUUAAAAAGUUGCACUAUUUUAUUACUUUUUAUAAAACGUGAGGAUGGAGGAAAUCAAACUAUUGAUUUGUUAUAUUGAUCAUAAACACAUUUCCUGUUCCUCCAUUAAACUGACGUGACAAACUUGAA